UAUAUAUAGAUUGUUAGCCCUGAUUUCUCAGGAGUGAGUGUAUAAAGGAAGCUCCUAUGUAUGGUGGCUACAGUAGUAUAACUGAGCUAAAGAUGGUGAACUAAUUUUUCUUCCUUCUGUUUGGCAACAAUGUUCUGGAAUGCUUGGCAUUCAGUCAAAGCUACCUGUGGUGACAGAACAUUUGCUGAGCAGUGGAGCUGACUGUUACAGGAAGACACAUGAGGGAGUGUGUAUAAAGAAUGGUGCAGGAAAUGGGCAGUGAGUGAAUCUCUGGUGGUUUGUGAUGUUGCUGAAGAUCUGGUGGAAAAGUUGAGAAAAUUCCGGUUUCGCAAAGAAACCAACAAUGCAGCCAUUAUAAUGAAGAUUGACAAGGAUAAGCAGCUGGUGGUACUGGAUGAAGAGCAUGAGGGCAUUUCCCCUGAUGAACUAAAAGAUGAGCUGCCCGAGAGACAACCGCGAUUCAUUGUGUAUAGUUACAAGUAUCUGCACGAUGAUGGAAGAGUUUCUUAUCCAUUGUGCUUUAUCUUCUCCAGUCCAGUUGGAUGCAAGCCUGAACAACAGAUGAUGUACGCUGGGAGCAAGAAUAAGCUUGUACAAACAGCUGAACUCACUAAGGUAUUUGAAAUAAGAAAUACAGAAGACCUAACUGAAGAGUGGCUGCGUGAGAGACUGGGCUAUUUCCAUUAAGAGAACCUCUGUAUUAAGUAUUUAUAUACCAUCCUGACAAUACUGGAACCAGACAUGAAUACUUAUCCUAAAAAUGCACUAUAUUUACAGCAGUGUCCUGCAGUAUAUUUCUCAUACAAAGUUUGAGGAAGGAGAAGAAGAUUAGUCUCUGAAGUAAAACUUUGCAAAGUGUUUCCUUGUGUAUAACUAUAAAAGGAAAUACUUUUCUGCAGGGAUUCUCUUUUUGCACUCUUGUGACUAAUAUUUUCUAUAAUUACUACAGUUCAGAAACUUAACUAUUUACAAACAUUUGGAAGCUGACACUAACUUUUCAUGAGCUGCAAAUACAUCCUUUUGACAGAUACUAUAUACUAGCAGUUUAUAUGUUGAAAUAGCAUACUUUGUUAAAAUUGAGAAUUUUUUUGAAUUUCCCAAAUUAAAGUCUAUGAAAGUGUUUUAAUAUUAAACUGAAACCAAGUAUUUAUAUGACAAAAAUAACUUAAUGUGAAAAAUUCUUUUCAGGACUGAUUCUCUUUAAUUUUAAUGAGUAUCUCACUUGAUUGUGAGUCAAUUUAAAUUUCAGGGCAAAGUUCUAUGACCAGUAGUCAGUCAUAAACUAGUUUCUGUAAGAUUAUUUUAUAACUCUUAAGGAUUUAAUUACAAUAUUGGUUACAUGCAUUCUGGAUUUUUACAUGUAAGACUUAAUAUUACACUAUUUAUAAAUUAACCUCUUCACUCACAUUAGCUGUUAUAUGAACACCUGUUAAUACUGUGUGCCUUUAAUUUGUUAGCUUUAAAAGGACUAAGAAUUUUACACUAUUUACUCCAAAUUUGGUAAAAACUAACCUUUGUUAAAUGGUCUAAGUAACAUGUUUUCUAAUGCCUAGUGGUGCAAGUAAACAUUUAUAAAAUAACACACCUGGACUUAAAAUGCCAGCUAUCUGCUCCCAUUAGUGAAGACCUGGGAGUGCAGGAGUUCAGAACUCUUAAGAACUUGUGAGUGAUUUUAGAAUAGUCUGUUUUUUUUUUUUGUUGUUGAGAAAACCUUGGCCAUAUAUAGACCUUGUAUCUUUUUAAUGAAAGGAGGUUUCCUAGCUUAAUUGCUUGUCAGUCAAAACUACAUUCCUGCUAGGACUUCUGCUCAAAGUAACCUCAUUCAGUCUUUAAGUUUCAUCUCUUUUUGGUAAAACAGCAAAAAUUCUAAUAUGAAAAUAGUACUUUUUAUAAUCUAGCUAAAAACUAACCCUUUAAAGGGUCUGUUUUUAUAUAAAGUAGAAUAGUAGUUUGAGUUGGGAUAUCCUGUUUAGCCCAUGCAGUGGCAAACAGGUACUCCUAUGACAGUAUCUCAAUUAUGACUCUCAUGAGUGUUUGUUUGUCAUGCUACUGAAUAAGUGGCUUCUCAUGAGCAGCUUCUAGUCAUGAACAGCUGUAGCUUAAAGUAUAGUUGCCCUAAUAAUGUGUGUGCUGGUGAGGAGUGAAUUAAUCAGUUAAUUUGGGAGGCCAGUAUUUCAUUCUGUAAAACCUCUGCCAGGUUUUCUUGCAAACGCAUGCUGUGUAAGAGUAUUAAACGUGACUCUGUUUAAGAC